UAUACUUUUUUGGACUUAACAAAAUUUUAGUAUAAACGAUAUAUUUUUGCAAAUGUUCUAAUAGCACAAGAUAAAAAAAUAGACCACGCACAACAGAUCAAUAGACGUAUUCGAAACUUCAGAGAAAAACUUGGGUGAGCUGCGAAGUUUAAAGGACAUAAAUUCUCAUCAUGGCGUCACAAGAUAUAAAUCUAAUGACUGAUGCACAAGUUCUAGAAAUGUUCAAUAAAUGCAAUUUUGGGACUUUAUUAGCUCCCAUCAUUAAUACAGUUGAUGAAUCAACGGUGAUAAUAAUAACAAUGCCUUCACCAGAACCCGAACUCAUAGAAGUAUAUGUUUAUAUGCGCAGCGAAUUGGACAAUAUUUUACUAGGUCACAUCUCUUGUCGCCAAUUAGACUUAGACAUCUUUAACAGAUUACGACCACAAAUAUGUCCAGACGCAAUGGUGGUUAAUACUGAUGUAUGGAUAAACAGUGAAGCUGUUACACAAUGGCUUGCAACAAUGUAAACACAGAGAUUAACUUCACAACUUAUAAAACCAACACAAAAAAGCGAGAUAGCAACGAAAGUAUUGAUAAAGUUGCUUACUAUUUAAUCGGUAAUGUAAUCGAUAUUAGUCACUAUUUCGUUAAAUAAGCAUUUCCACUGAUUCUAAUUACAAGCGAAUACCAUUUGGACAAGCUGAUCUACACAAUCUUUUCACGCAUCUCCUUACUGAAGCGCAUUAUUAGAACGGAAUAUUAUUCGACUUUUGUUGCACAUAAAGAUCUUGCGUAAAAUUUAUGCUUGUAGUUUCUCCAGAACCAUGAAGCUAAUUUUACGAAGACAAUAACAACAUUCAUCAGGCUUUGGUAAUCACGCAAAAUUUAACAACGCAAAACAAUGUUUGACAAAAUUAUCUUAAAUUAGACGAUAUUAGUGUCUGCAGAGACGUACAAACUAUGUUCUUUACAUGUUAAUAAGUAAAAAUUAUUCUUGAUUUUGAAUCGUUGACAUACAAGAAAUAAUGUUAGAGUUAUCAAGGUAGUAAUUAUCAAAGUACUGCAUGCAUGAUAAGCACUUCGAAAUCGAUUUAGGAAAUUACUAUGAAUGACUACCACAAAAGGGCUGUCGCUAUGUAAACGAAUUGUAAUUUCAAUUACUGGAUAUUGUCUAUAUAAAAUGGAAACUGAACUUGAAUGAGCUUAGAUUCAUUUCAGUAAACCAUCGGAUACUGCAACAUGGUGCAAAUCAAAUCUCAAAAACAACAAAUUUACUUCGUUGUGUUUGAGGAUUAUUUGCAACCACCAAGGAAACCUCACAAAAAGGAUAAUCUUUUGUUGAUAGAUGAGAACAUUAAACGAAAACCGGAGCUAAGGUUAAUACUUUUGGAGCAUCCUGUAUUUGUAAGUGCAAACAAAUCAACAAUAUGGCAACGUUGUCGGUUAUUUUUAAGGAAUUUUUACUAUGCGAAAUUGGCAAAGUUCCAACACCCUAAAAAAAGAAACCUAACGAUCAAAGAGAAAAAGGAAGACCCAGUAAAUAAUAAAUUGAACAUUCUUAACAAUGGCAGCAUCUACAAAAUAUAUAAGUCUCUCCGUAACCAUUUCCAUUUGCCGGGCUUUCUUGCCUUUUUACUUGCUCGGAAUGAUGAUGGCCUUUGCAAACGUAAGACGGGUUUUGAAAUUUAUUGUGAAAUGGCCAGUAUUCAUGGCUUUGUGAAUUUUGUGGGAGCAAAAACUUGGCAGCGCAUACUUUGGUGUCUUGUUAUAUUCAUUGCCAUUUUAAUGUCCACUAUUUUUUUGGUUAUGUGGCAUUUAAUGAAUGUUAACACUCCGACAAUUUUAUAUACGGAAAGCAGCACAUACCCAGCUUGGACAAUACCCUUUCCUGCGGUAACAAUUUGUAAUUUUAAUCGAAUUUCCUACAGGAACGCAUUUACCUUUGCACAAAAAUUUAAUUUCAGUAACGCAAAUAUGAGUAUGAGCAGAUAUUUCCGAUUACAAUUGUAUAACAGUUUUGUAUUGGAUGCCCCGCAAGAGGAUUUCGAAUUUAUGCAAACAUUUAUCGAAAACAAUGAGCUUAAUUUACUCAAAUUGCAGAGAAAUUUAUCACCGAAUUGUGAGAGUGAAUUGUUGCGAUGCAAAUGGAAAGGAAAAAGAGAACGUUGUGACAAGCUCUUUCGGAAAGUCGAAACUACACAAGGCAUCUGUUGCAGUUUCAAUUUGUUCGCUUUAAAGGAGAGGAAAACCGGAGAUCAAAGAAAAUAUGCUCAUUACUUUUUCGAUGAACCUGAACAUACAACCAGUAGUGGCUACAAAACUGGCUUAACGGUAUUACUUGAUGCACAUACAAAGGAUUAUUUAAUAUCUAGUGUUAAGAAGACUGGAUAUCAAGUGCUUAUACAUGACGCAUAUGAAUUUCCCUCAUCGAGUAUACAACGAUAUGCCUUGCAGGACCGUACUGAAAACAUGUUGAGCAUAAAACCACGUAGUACUUACGCUACUGAGUAUCUAAACACUGAAAAGUUGCACGUUCGACGUUGCUAUUUACCAAAUGAGAGACAACUUCACACAUUUCGAGCAUAUACCCAAAUUAACUGUCUUUUGGAGUGUCGUAGUCAGAAACUUUUCCAUAAAUGUGGCUGCAUACCACCAAUGUAUAUUCCAGAAAAUAAGUUUUGGCCAAGCUGCAGUUUUAAAGAGCGAAAAUGCAUUAACGUCAAUAAAAAUAUUUUUUCAAGUGUUCUUGUGAAUAAAAGUACUAAUUAUAAAACUAACCAUUACACUGAAAAGUAUAUAUGCGAUUGCUACCCAGCCUGCAAUUUUAAUCUAUACGGAACAAGCAAACAUUAUGGUCAGCUUAAUGAAUACUUUUCUCAAACUGAAAACCGCUUUUUUAAGCAACUAAAGGUAGAAAACCAAAUACUUCUUCAUGUUUUCUAUGAUGAAUUAACUGCAGAAAAACUUCGUCUGGAUAUUUAUGAGAAUUGGAUUUCUUUUGUUGGUACAUUUGGUGGAAUUGCUGGUUUACAUAUGGGUUACAGUUUUGUGUCAGCUUUUGAAAUGAUUUUUUUUGUAUUCGUUCGACCCGUUUGCAACUGGAUAACGAAGCAGCAAAUACGUUAUCGUAUUAAGCGUAAACGUAAAACAGCAGCUGGAGCUGAAGCUGGACCAAAAACCAAGAUAACAAGCAAACCGAAUAAUCCAACAUGUACUUAAAUACCAUACAUCUCGACAAACUUUUGGCCUUAAAAUAAGGUAACUUAUUAGUUGGAUUCUUGUCAAAGGUAGUCAUAUAUCAUUUAUAAAGAAGUUAUAUUAAAAAUUCACGGUUCAGCAUUUA